AUGAUUCCUCUUGUGUUUAUGCUCCUUCUUCUGGGUUUUAAAACUUUAUAUGGCCAAGUGUUUCAGCCUCGGCACAUCGUUGUAGUAGAGGGGCACAAAGUCAUUAUCCCAUGCUACCAGAAUGCAACCAGCAAGGACACCAUGUUCUGGUACAUACAGCCUGAGAAUGGUGCAAUACAGUUUCUUGCUAGUGGGUAUGAUGGCACAAAGGAGGCCGGAACAUUUAAUAUGAUAUUAAAGCCCGAUGAGAGAUUCACCAGCAUUGAGAAAAGCAAAAUCGAGCCCAGAGAUGCUGCCACAUAUUACUGUGCUUCAGUCACUGUGUAUAUUGGUGCAACCUACACAAGAUCAUUAAAUUUUGGGGCUGGCACCAAGCUGACAGUAGAAUCAGGUAAGAAAGAACCCAACCCCCCUUCAGUUUUUGUACUCAGGCCUCAGAAGGGUCUGUCUCCUGCUGCCUGUUUGGUAAAGAAUUUCUACCCCAAGGAUGUUAAGAUCUACAUGAAUUCUAAGAAGGGAGAUGUUACCCCAGUACUUUCUCAGAAUGGAAAAUACACUGCAGUAUAUGUGGAGAAAUCAGAAGAAAGAGAGGUGGAAUGUAAAGCCAAGCAUGAAGAAAAAUGGGUGACAGAAAGUGACGUUAGAGAAAUAUUAGAAGAUUCCAAUACGAGCUAUGAAGAUAAAAUAGAUUCUAGAAAAAAUGAGUGUAAACGACCAGCAGGAGAUAGCCCGGGUACAACCUAUGAGAACGUGAAUAUGUUGUCAAUGAAAAUCUUGGCUGUUAGGUUUAUCUUUGCUAAAACUCUAGUCUUCAACCUUUUUCUGACUGCAAAAUGUUUACUCUUUUAAGAUUCCUUGCUCAAGCCUAUGUUAAGCUUGACUUUAUCUCAAAUGAAGAAAACUGGUGUCAUCUGAAACAUCUGAAGUUGCUUGAAGCUUAAUAAAAUUUAUAAAUAUAGUUAUUUGAUGCUCAAUUAAAUGAAAAUACACAAAUGUUAAAUCUUAUUCAACAGAGAUAAUGUGCAAUAGGAAUUCUCAUUGAUUCAAUAGUGGCCGGUAAAUGUCUAAUUUUAAUAUAAUUUGCAAUUUAUAUAUACUGCAAUCAAGAGAUUUGAUUUCCUAAUCUGUAAAUAAUUAAUGUUCCAUAAACCAAAAUUGAAACUCUAAACCGCAAGGUUAGAACUUGGAACUUUCACUCAAAGUAAUGUUUAUCAAAUCAAAUACAAAAAUAUACAUUUUUAUUCUUUAGCAUCAUAGCUAAAAACAUCCUUAUCCCAUAAAACACAAAAAAGCAGCAGUUAGAGAAGAGAGCCUCCUAUGAAAUGUAAAUGUAUAGCGCCAUAGAUCAUUAAUUACCAUUUUAUACCUUACAGAAGAGAAAGAUAAUAAGAAUGUGAAUAAUCUAUGAGUAUUGGUGCUUAGGCAGAACAGUACUCCUUGGUUGCGAACAUCAAAACUAGUGUCACAGUGGUAAUGUCAGAAGUGUAGGAGCAGAGACUGGGAACUUGCGCUGUCGGCAGUGAGGAACCCUGGAGAUUUCUCGUACUGAAGCUGGGGUGUAAUACCGUUUUUGAUAUGUGCUUUUAAGAUGUGUUUGUUAGUGCAAUCUAAUUUUGUUAUUAAAGAUGUUUGCAGUUUUCUGCAUAUGCCCCCUUUUUAUUAUCCCUAAGAGGAAGAAGAAGAAUCGGGACCAUCCAUGGAUUUGAAUGAGAGCACUCUAUAUGCCGCAAGUUUUACUCUGUUAUGUAUACACAUUACUUUGGAGUGAAAGUUCCAAGUUCUAACUUUGUGGUUUAGCAUUUCAAUAUUGGUUAUGUUUUAUACGCAUAUGAAGGUGAAACACCAUGUGGAUUGAUCUUGGAAUUAAUUAGGUUGAAUAGAGGUUACACAGUUCACUUCUUUAUGUAUGGGAUUUAAUGAAUGCCCUUUUUCAUAUACUAAUCUACAGUAAUGUGCUUUCAGUCAAUAAACAUUAUUUACCAAGUGAAGUUUUAUGUGCAUGACAUCAUGAAAUGAGUUUGUCAAAAAAAACUUUAUUCCAGGUAACUUCAGUUUCAGAACUUUCUCCAACCCCUCCACCCAAAUCCAUCAUUUCCAAAGCGUUACUGUUUUUUUUUUUUUUUAUUACUUAUUACUCAGGAGAAAUCUAAAGACAGAUUUAAUCAGAACAUAAACUCAUUCCAGUCAGUGUUCAGAUAAAUUACUUUGAUUCACAUAGAUUUAUUAUUUUUUCAUUGCAUUUAUAUAUCUAAUGACUUGAUUUAUCCUUUGUUUCUAAUCAUUCUGAAAUUGCAGUGGUUAAACAGAAUUUUACAGCUUAACAAUGCUUGCCAACAGUAAGCAUGUAAUGACAACUGGCUGUGGUUGAGAAACGGUGGUUGUUGCCAUGGAAAUUCAUGCUUUAUGUACAUGCAGAGAUGUUAUCAUGAGAUGUUUUUGUUAAUCGCAAAACCUUUGUCAACAUAUUCGCAGAAGGUUGAUCAUGAUAAACCCAUGGCAACAAGUGUUUGGAAGAUAUUGCCCAAAAAUUCAAUUUUACACAAACAGUGGAAGAUUAUCAAAUAGUCACGUGCCCUGUUGCUCCCAGACAAUAGAAACUUUGUUACUUUUCACAACUUUGCUCCUUUUUGGUACUGAGAUCAUAACAAACACUUACACAGUGUCAAGAUUAUAGGUAAGCUCUAUGUACAGUACAUGUAAAGUCAGGUAUACCUCACUUUCCUUCACAAAGUUUCACUAACCUGCUGGCUAUGGGUGCUUCAGAUCUAAAGUGAGUACCAAUCCCAUAUAUACUGGGAUCCUACAAGAUAGGCCCUUAAUAAAUUACACUCUCUAAAUAUAUGACAUUCCAUUUCAUGCUUACUCUCAACCACUGAAACCUGUAUACCUGCUGUAAUGUCCAAUGGGACCUCAAGGGCCAUUUUCCUUUAGCCAAUGGAAAAUCAGAUAUUUAUCUACUGCUAAACAUCUUAAAUGGAAAUAACUUAAAGGCUGUUUACUAAGAGCAUCUCUUGGAAAUGAUCACAUCCUUUUGCUAACAAAUAUAUUUUUUCUGCUGAUUUUUUCUUUUUUUGAAAAAUGCAUUGAAGCAAAUGGGCAUUUUUUUUGCAUGUUUUUUUUUCAAGUUAAAAUUUGCUUGGUGACACAUUUUGCUCGCCACUAUUCAUGAGUACCACUAGCAAUUGUACUUCUUUCAUUGCCUUUAGAAGACCACAAGUUUUUGCCAAUUUAUUGUAUAUCUUAAUCUUAAUAAUACUGGAAACUAAAUGAGAGUAAAACCCACCUGUGGUUCAUAAAUAAAAUGGUAAGGGGCAAAAAUGUUGGAUAAUGACAACACUACAACUGAAUAUGGACACACAAUAUUGUAAACCUGAAAUUCAAAGAACAAUUAGCGCCAUCUAGCAGUGAAACAGAUAAAACUGGUAAUGGCAAAAGGAAGGUAAAAAAAAAAAUGAUAUAGACAGGAGACAUACAGUAACUGUAAGGUAACACAAAAGAAUUAAGGCAAGCAAGUGUUUUUUGUUUACUUUUAUUUCACCUGAAUACUUAAUUUUUCCCUGUACUCCAUAAAAUAUACUGCACUUCAAACUAAAUACAACAAAAUACUUGUGUAAUAUGUAUACAGUUUAUUGCUUUUUUUUUAUUGCAAUUUGUAACAUCAGUGUUUUAGCCCCUUCUCCCCUGCCAGGAUUUCAAAUGAUGCAGAAAGAGAACUGGUUUGCAGCUGGAUUUUAGCAUAUAAAAUUAGUAUUUAUUCAUACUUUUUGAAAGAACAAAAUACAGUGACAGGUAUAUAAGGGGAUUCUGUGUUGCGUUAAGAUCUUUAAAAAAAAAAAUUGGUUUCCUGUUAAAAAGCUAUUUUUGAGCAAUUAUUCUAUUUAGGAGAAACAUUUGAACAUUUGUUUGAAUUAAAUGAAAACAAUUAUAUGUGAAAGAUUUUUGUAAAAAAUAAAACAAUAUACCCCUUGAUGUCUAAAUAAUUACAAUCUAGCCUGAUAACCUGUGUGAAGGUAAUUUAGUCAGGCUACAAAGAGAUAAAAAUUCAAAUUAUACACUC